AUGGGUUCGAGUGGCGGGUGGAAGCCUGAGGACGAAGGACUACGGGAGAUCUGUGGGCUGUUGCAGCAGCAGAUGGCUCCCACCUCCGACGACAAGUCGAUGAUAUGGCAGAAGCUCGAGCACUACUCCCAGUUCCCUGAUUUCAAUAAUUACCUCGCCUUUAUUUUCGCCCGUGCCGAGGGAACUUCAGUGGAGGUUAGGCAAGCAGCAGGCUUGCUUUUGAAGAAUAACUUGAGAAGUGCAUAUAAAAGUAUGCCACCAGCAAACCAACAGUAUAUAAAGUCAGAGUUGUUACCUUGUAUGGGAGCAGUGGAUAGGCAGAUCAGAUCAACAGCUGGGACCAUUAUUAGCACACUCGUUCAGAUUGGGGGAGUUGCUGGAUGGCCUGAAUUGCUACAUGCAUUAGUGAAGUGCUUAGAUAGUAACGAUGUCAAUCAUAUGGAAGGUGCUAUGGAUGCCUUGUCUAAGAUUUGUGAAGAUGUGCCUCAUUUGCUUGAUGCUGAUAUCUCUGGGUUAUCUGAACGACCAGUGAAUGCUUUUAUUCCCAGAUUCCUCCAGCUUUUCCAAUCACCGCAUACUGCCCUAAGAAAGCGUUCUUUGAGUUCGGUGAACCAGUACAUUAUGCUAAUGCCAAGAGUUCUGUAUUUGCAAAUGGAUAAAUAUUUGCAAGGUUUGUUUCAUCUUGCCAAUGAUCCAGCUGCAGAGGUGCGGAAGCUGGUAUGUUCUGCAUUUGUUCAGCUAAUUGAAGUUCGUUCUGCUGUCUUGGAGCCACAUUUGAGGAACGUAAUCGAAUAUAUGUUGCUAGUCAAUAAGGACCCAGAUGAUGAAGUGGCUUUAGAAGCUUGUGAAUUUUGGUCUGCUUAUUGUGAAGCUGAAUUGCCUCCGGGAAACUUGAGAGAGUUUUUACCACGUCUUAUACCAAUUUUGCUCUCAAACAUGGCAUAUGCUGAUGAUGAUGAAUCCAUUGUGGAAGCUGAGGAGGAUGGAUCUCUUCCAGAUCGAGAUCAGGAUCUGAAACCCCAUUUCCAUUCAUCACGUUUUCAUGGGUCAGAAGAUUUGGAAGAUGAGGAUGAUGACAUUGUAAACGCUUGGAACUUACGCAAGUGCAGUGCGGCUGCUUUAGACUUUCUCUCCAAUGUGUUUGGGGACGAGAUCUUACCCACCUUGAUGCCCAUUGUACAGGCUAAGUUGUCGGCUAUGGGUGAUGAAGCCUGGAAAGACAGAGAAGCUGCGGUUUUGGCGCUUGGUGCCAUAGGCGAAGGUUGCAUUAACGGUCUCUACCCACAUCUCUCUGAGAUUAUUUCUUUCCUUAUCCCGCUCUUGGAUGACAAGUUUCCUCUGAUAAGGAGCAUCUCUUGUUGGACACUGUCACGUUUCAGCAGAUAUAUUGUUCAGGACACUGCUCAUCACGAAGGUUAUGAUCAAUUCGACAAAAUACUAACAGGGUUGCUGCGAAGAAUACUGGAUGAUAAUAAGAAGGUCCAAGAAGCUGCUUGUUCAGCUUUUGCUACUCUGGAAGAGGAAGCUGCAGACCAGUUGGUACCUCGUCUGGACGUCAUUUUGCAACACUUAAUGUGGGCCUUUGGGAAAUAUCAGAGGCGAAACCUCAGAAUUGUAUAUGAUGCUCUUGGAACAUUAGCAGAUGCUGUUGGAGGCGAACUAAAUCAGCCUUCAUAUCUUGAAAUCUUGAUGCCUCCACUGAUUACAAAGUGGCAGCAGCUUUCAAACUCUGAUAAAGAUCUCUUCCCUCUCCUGGAAUGCUUUACGUCUAUAGCUCAGGCACUGGGUACUGGAUUUUCACAGUUUGCUCAGCCGGUGUUCCAGAGAUGCAUAAACAUCAUUCAGACCCAACAACUUGCAAAGGUGGAUACUGUUUCUGCUGGGGCACAAUAUGAGAAAGAGUUCGUUGUUUGCUGUUUGGAUCUUCUCUCUGGACUUGCUGAGGGUCUUGGACCUGGCAUAGAGAGCUUGGUUUCACAAAGUAACUUGAGGGACCUGCUGCUGCAAUGCUGUAUGGAUGAUGCCCAUGAUGUUCGCCAAAGUGCUUUUGCCUUACUGGGAGACCUUGCUAGAGUUUGUGCAGUUCAUCUACAUCCCCGUUUAGCUGAAUUUAUCGAUGCUGCUGCUAAACAAUUGAACGCCCCGAAGCUGAAGGAAACUGUUUCUGUUCUCAACAAUGCAUGUUGGGCUAUUGGAGAAUUAGCGGUUAAGGUUCACAAAGAGAUAUCUCCUGUAGUUCUGACUGUGAUCUCUUGUUUGGUUCCAAUACUUCAACAUCCUGAGGGCCUUAACAAAUCACUCAUCGAGAACAGUGCCAUUACGCUUGGAAGACUUGCAUGGGUUUGUCCAGAGCUCGUCUCUCCGCACAUGGAGCAUUUCAUGCAGUCUUGGUGCCUUGCUUUGUCCAUGAUACGUGAUGACAUAGAGAAGGAAGAUGCUUUCAGAGGUUUAUGUGCAAUUGUUAGAGCAAAUCCAUCUGGAGCUUUAAAUUCUCUUGUUUUCAUGUGCAAGGCUAUUGCAAGUUGGCAUGAAAUAAGGAGUGAGGACCUUCACAAUGAAGUCUGCCAGGUCUUGCAUGGAUAUAAACAGAUGCUUAAGAAUGGAGCAUGGGAACAAUGCAUCUCGUCCUUGGAGCCACCUGUGAAGGACAGGCUGCUCAAGUACCGAGUCUAG